AUGUCUGCUCUUAGAACACAAUUAAAAGGACUUAAGGAGCUUCGUCUUCAUUUCUGCCAGACUUCACCUUCUAGUAGUGGCCUUCGUGAAUUUGUUGCAAAGAAUUACUUGGAUAUUAAAAAAGCUAAUCCUGAGCUUCCUAUAUUAAUUCGUGAAGCUAGUGGUGUAGAAGCUCGUGCCUUUGCUCGUUUUGAUAAAGGUGUGGAGCGUAAAGUCAUUCUCCAAAAUGCAUCAGCACAAGAUAUCGAAAACACCUUAGCCCAAUUAGUGAAGUCUAAUUAA